GUGGUAAAGUAACUAGUUAUUUAUAUUUUGUGUUUUCAGUUCAGACCAAUUUAAAUGGUAGCUGAAUAAAUUUGAGUGUGUCAAAGUCAGGAGUUAAUCCAGAACCAGUCUUACUCUUUUAAUUAAUGUGUUUUAGUAACUAAAAGCCUCAUAAUGGGUGACGAUAAACAAAUGGGUCGCAAUGCAGCCAACUCUUCGAAAUCUAUUCCACCUCCGCCACCACCACCACCUCCACCUCCACCGCCUUCGGAUAGCUCAUGGAAAUCUGUUCCUCCGCUUGUUGCAGGACUUUCCAGUGUCUCACUUAAACCUACGCCAACUCAAACGAAAAACGGUGUUUCCAAUGAUUCAGGUGGUCCAUUCAGAUUACCACCAGCCUCAACUCUACCCAAAAAAAUUGGUAACAAAACAUCGUCAUCAAAUUCAAAAUCUUUUGUUCACACUGGUGGCAAUAAAACAAAUUCUAGAACUUCUGAAUCUUCUAAUGUUUCUCAGAGACCCGCUCCACCUCCGAAACACUACACAGUGGCUGAUGAAUUAGCUGAUCGUCUACAAUCCAGAUUUGGAUCCAACUCUACUUUACCUAACCGUUUCGGGAACAAGUCAACACAACAAAGUACACAAUCGUCUUUAGGAGCUAGUGGUGCUAAUAGUAAAACUCAAUCUAGUUCUCCUCGACCCUCAGCUUGUCCACCUCCACCACCGCAACUUCUCUCUGGUAACUCAGCAAAACCUGUACCACCACCACCACCUUCAAAUAACUCUAUGAAACCUACUCCACCUCCUAAAAAUAAUAGUGUCUCUAAUGAUGCAAAUAGUCUUCCACAUAAAUUACAUUCUACUUCAACUGUACCAAACCGAUUUAACAACAGAACAUCGUCACAAAAUCAACCUCCUUUUGGAUCUAGUGGUAUCAACAAUAAAAAUCAAUCUAGUUCAUCAAGGCCCUCAGCCUGUCCUCCUCCACCUCCUCCACCACCGUCUUUUCCACCAUCUGUCGGCCUCCCCAACUCCAACUCUUCAAAAUCUGUUCCACCGCCGCCACCAUCACCUUCAGGACUUUCCACUGGUUCUAUGAGACCAAUCCCACCUCCUAAGAACAACUCUUCGAAUGAUUCAAAUAGUCGUCCUUAUAAGUUACCUACUGCUACAGGUACAUCUAAUCGAUUCGAAAAUAAAACCUCUCAGAGUCAAUCAACAUUAGGGACUAACAAUAGACUACAAGCAAAUUCAUCUAGACCCGCAGCCUGCCCGCCUCCUUCACCACCAAAACGAGGUCCAUCUUCAUCUGCCAGUAGCCUUUCUAGUGGUAUUUCUUCAGCAUCAUCAACAUCUAUUAAUGGAUUUUCAAGCCAUGGGGCUUCUGCACCAAUUCCUCCUCCUCCACCUCCCAGUCAAACCAGAAUGCAAAGUCGUAAAGGGUCUUUCAAUUCCAGUAUUGGCCAGGCUCCUGCACCACCGGUCAGAAAUACAUCAAUCUCCAAGAAUGACUUGGAGUCCCGAUUCCGUCAUAUUUUCAAAGAUCUUCACACCUUACCAGCACCGGAGCUAUUCCUUAGUACGAAAAAGCAAUAUCCAAGUGAAAGAAAACCUCGAGGCCCAGCUCCACCCAUACCAUCCUCAUCAACAUCAAGUUUAAAUAUGAGCCAAAAUGAUUACAAUGAUGCAAAUAAAUAUAACUCAACGCCGAUGAUUCAUGUUCAACUGGAACAUCAAGGUUUAGGCUCUAAUUAUCCUAGAUUCUGAGCGAUAAUAUAUUUUAAGUAAAGCUUACUCUUGUCUUCUUAUUUGGACUAUAAAAAUUAUAAUAUUCUGCCAAGUGUCACCGGAAGGAGUUAACUAAUUACCUGUUUUUUUCUGCGUUGGCUGAAUGACAUCGGAUGUUAAAUACACUUUUUCAUUACUCAAAAGGAGACUGCUCAACUGUUAACUUUUUUUACCAAAUCCAGAUCGGCUAAGCCGAAUGAAAAAUCUACAGUAGCUCACUCCAUGUUAACUCAUUAUCUAUUUUCACUGGAUCAAGUUUAAAUAGCUGCUUAUAGUUUCAUCUUUGAGAGGAAAGUGUAUAAAAAUGUAGAUGACUAGUGUCUAUGAAGUGCCUUUUUUGAUUAAUUUUCGUGAUUCAUCCAAUUUGAUGAAGAGUAAAAUGGAAUAUCAGAGUUGUUGAAUAAUUGUUAACUAUUGGCGUUUUUCAACUCUCAAUUUCCAAUCUCGAUCUCUUCUGUUAUAAUCGUUAAAUUUUACAAAAUAGAUGCUAUUAACUCUUUUGAAAAUUGGAUAAAUCACCUUUUGGCUUGAGAUAAUUAUUAAUUAUUUUAGAGAAAGUGCUUUCUCACCUUCAAAAAAGUCAGUCUUCGUUAGCCUUGACACAUCAAAAAAAUUAAUAUUUAAAACCGACUCUCUUGUCGCUGAUUUAACUUAUUCAGAUCACUAAGAUUUAUGAUUUAAUCAUGAUAUAAUUUUUCUCCCUCAUCUUUUGUUUACCCACACUGAUUUCCUUGUUGUUUAUAUAAAUGUAUUGAAAUAUUCCAAACUGAGUUUUCUAUUUCAGAUUUUUCGUGUAAAAUUCUGAUGGAAACCGUUGAGGUUUAUUGAGCUUUAAAAAGGGCUAAAGAUGAAGCAAAACAAUAACCAUUUCCUAGUUUAAAAAAUAUACUCCCUCCAAAAAGCGAGUAAAAUCGGACUUAUUUGUGAUUUAAUGUUGAACUAAAUGCCAAUAAAUUAAUGAUAAAUAAACACUGAAAUUAA